AUGGUCCACAUCAGCGAGGCAAUUAAGAGCGACCAUGAGAAGAUGCAGUCUUACUAUAACACCAUAAAGGAGUUUAUCUGGGAGCUCACACGCUAUGCUGUUAGCGAAGAGCUGGUAGUUUAUCCCGUGAUGGAAGAGUUUCUACCCGAUGGAAUGACGAUCGCAGACAAGGAUCGUCAUGAACAUUUCACGAUUAAAAAGCGACUUGAUGCCUUUCAAAGUCUGAAUAGCUCUGAUCCACGCUUCCUUCCUACGAUCAAACGCUUGAUGGAUGAUCUGGCCAAAAGCUUUCAUGACGUAGAGACCAUCGAUCUGCCAAAGUUGGAGAAUCACAUUACUUCCGACGAAAGCGAACAGCUGGCAUAUUCUCUGCAACGAGCCAAGGUGUUUGUGCCAUCUAACUCCCGCCCAAGUGUGCCUACCAAGCCACUCUAUGAGACUGUCGCGGAGCUAAUUACGGCCCCUCUUGAAAACCUCCAGGUUUUGCUCCCUACAUGGUCAGAGGAUGAGCCAGACCCAAAGCCUACAGAAUGA